AUGUUGGUACUCCGCACCGUUGGGGCGUCAGCGAGUACGCAGUAUUUCAGGAAGACUCGCACAGUUUGGCUGCAGAAAAGUCUCAAGGUAGCAGGACAACAACACUUUUCACAUGUACGAAGGCAGAAUGAAUCAGAGGCGGCGAACAGAGUUGCGCGAUACCGGCCGGAGGAUAUUCAAUUUCCUGCUUACAAAGGCCAUUGUGCCAAGGUCUCGGUCAUCAACGGUGCAACGGCGCAAAUGUUGUCCAGCAUGCUCGUCCACCCGGCCCCGAGCUCAGCCGUCCACAAGUACAAGCGCCUGGCCAGCUACAGCUUCUUGGUUGAAUCGUACCACCGGUCGCAGAAGGUCUUAUUCGAUCUUGCUUUCGUGAAAGACCUGCUCACCCGGAUGCCUCCUUCCCUCAAGGCCAUGCUUGCUGGAGGCACCGAUGUUGCGGAUCCGGUCAUGAAAAUAGAGCGUCUCUGUGACGUCCCCGACACACUCCAGGCACAUGGACAAGACCUUUCUGGAAUCAACAGCAUCAUUUGGCCGCACGCUCACAUCGACCACGUCGGAGAUCCAUCCGUCUUCCCGUGCAGCACGGAUCUGGUAGUCGGUCCGGGGUUCAAAUCUGCCUACAUGCCCGGCUACCCCGUCAAUCCUAAUGCAACAGUCUUGGACAGCGCCUUCCAGGGCCGUUUUGUGAAAGAAAUUGAUUUUGGCAAACACGGCUCAGACAUUGCGAAUAUUGGCGGGUUUCGCGCCGUGGACUUUUGGAGAGAUGCGUAG